AUGCACAUGCUAUCAAAUUACUUUAAGUUGAACCCAGAGACAUAUUAGAAUUAUAUUUUGUGGAAAUCCACAAUGACCAUCGUGUCUUUGUAUUAAUGUUUCGACAUAGUCAUAACCAUAGCCCAGGCGUUGAAUUACUAGAUAGAAGGCCAAAAAUUGGUUUUUGUAUACCGCAUAAUGGUAAUGGAAUAUAACUCAACCUUGUAGAUUCAAGUGCUAUUGAUAAUCGCAUUUCAUAUUGCGAUGAGCAAAUUGAAGAGAGAAACCACCCUUUUAAUUAAUAUAGUCACAAUGCUCAAAUAUUUCAGCCUAAUAAUUCUAUGGUGUGAAACUGAUUAUGACCUAAUCUACACCAGUGAGUACGACCAAAGGAGUUAGGCGUUUGAAAUUUAUGGAAUCAUGAUAUUGUUUUUGAUUGCAAUCGAGUCUCAGCUGUGCAGAACUUUGGUAAUUCUGUUUUCACUCUUCUACUCUCUAUUCAGGUAUAAUAUGAACAUUACAGUCUAGAUUCCCAGCCUUCGCUAAUACCAUCGAAGUUAUAGGAUCUACUAGGAUAAUCUUCGGACAUGUAGUGAUUUAAUCUUUGUUGCUUUAUCAUUUAUAUUAAACUCGAAAUUCAAAUGAUGCUCUUUUGACGAGGAAUUUAAGCCCGUUGCUCACAUAGAGGGCUGCUCAUACAAACACCCAGAGAGAAAUGACUGAACCAUAAAAUAAAAAAAAUAACAUUCCAGAUAUGGCUAAUGACGAGUUCGAAAAUCUAAAUAAUUUAAAACUACUAGAGGAACAGUAUGAAUUAUUGCUGAUCAAUUUUUAAUGUGGAAUCUACAUAUUUGAAAAUGCUUAGCAACCAAUUAGAAUAAUAAAUUCAUUCAUGUCUCACAUCGUCUUAAUCAAUGACCAACUGAACCCAGAGUUGACUCAACUGGAAUUGUAUGAUUUUGGGUUGCUCUCAGAGGAACCCUGUACCAUACUGCCGAGCUUCCAUAGGAGCAAAGACAUCAGUAACUUCAUCAAAUUUACUUAAACCCUUGAGUACUAAUAUAUUAAUGCAUUUGAACUUAGAACAUCCAAUUUGACAACCUGUAGCCUGAGGAAAAGAAAGAGAUACAAUUCUUUUGUAGGAAGAUGCAAGUGAAAACCUUGAUAGAACAUCUCCUUGCUUUUUCGCAUAUAAAGUUUAAUUUGACUAAUUUUGCUUUGGAUUUUUCAUUAAAAAUUUAUAUAAAAAAAGGUAAUUUUCCAUAAUAAGUAUAUUAGAUAAACUUUACACUUAAGUUAUUUUGAAUCCAGUCAUCAUUUCUAAUAAACCUCAAAUCAUAUUGUACAUAAACGAUCUAACCGAAGAGCCCUUCAUUAUCCAACUUUAAUUAUACCAAAAAAAUAGUGAUGACGUUAUUCAAACCAUUUCCCAGAAAAUGAAAGAACCUUUGAACUGCACUUUGUCCAUGUUAGAAUUGGUCCAAGUAUUUCAUAUUCUCCUAAUCUUAACAUAGAAAGAAGUCAAUUUAGAUCUCCAAACAAAAUACAUAGAUCCAGCGUUGGCAGGGUGCAAACUCUUGAUUAGCACAGCAAAUGACUUUUAGGAUUACGUCACUAUGCAUAAAAAGAAUAAAUUAGACAGAAAUUUGAUGGACAUCCACACAAGAGAAUUCAUUUCGGAUUGUUUAAACAUCAUCAAAGCAUAAGCACUCUUUAGAGGACUAAAUAUACAGGUGCAUGUCAAAUAAAAUGUUCCAAUGUUUCUCAGAACUGAUCCCAAUAGAGUUAGACAGAUUGUACUGAAUUUGUUAAGUAUUAAUAUGUGGGUAUAAUAGUCAAAUCCAUUCAGGUGACUAUAAAUGGGGGCAUAGAGAUUUCUUGUUAAAAGUCACCUCUAUUGACUGAUCAUAUUGAAAUCAUCAUUAAAGUCAUGGCUCAAAGUGUGAAUGAAGGGAUUCUCGAGAGCGUUGAACAAACUCUGAAGCACUUGAAACAACAGACUUUAGUUAGUAAAUAGGUCAUAGACAUUGUUGCAACAUCUAAAUAAUACUCGUUCUCCAUAAUUACAGCAUUCUACAUAUCUAUGGCUGUGGCUAUAAUGCCUUUUGAGUUUAAUUCAAUAAAGACUGGCGAUGGCACUUAGUUUUAUUUUAUUUUAUUGAUAAAGAAUGAGAAUCCUAAUUUCAAUAAGUAACUUACCCAAAAAAGGCAAUCUGCGUUGGUUGCAAACAAGUCUCAAUUUCAUUAGGUGUUUGGUUAGAGCAGUCAAUUCAAGAGGCAUUAGUCAUAGAGGUUAACAGAGAUAAGCAGAAUAUAGGUGUAAGAGAAACUGAAGAAAAUGAAACGAGAAUCUUAGGAAGAGACGAUAUCAGGCAAGAUAGAGCCUCAGUUGCCUCAGUUUGGGCAAUCUGAAGCUUCUGACAAUCAAUAACCUGGCAAGUCUUAUUCUGUUUCUUAAAUCUCAGAACAGGACGACUCGUAAUAGAGUUCCUCAUCAUCUGACUCGAAGGAUGAGAUGAACAAAGGAGAAUGUGAUGGCGAUAUCUAAUCUAGCAAAUCAAGUUUUUAAAUAAACGAAAAAAUAGAGAAAAUUGAAAAGCAACAAAAACCUUCUUAAUUUCUUGAUACUAUCAUUCGUGUUAAAGAACCAAAGGCAAGAAAGAUUUCGGUUAGUAUUAUCUAGUCGAGAUUGAGUCCUUAAGUUUCAUAAUAGCUUUCGUCUAAAUAGAGAGAUUCCCUAUUGACUUUUGGAGGACGUUCAUCGGUGUAUUCUUCAAUGAGGAUAUCUUCAGUAAAUCUAGGGCCAAAUGAGUUAUUGGAUUGCUUUGAAAAGAUGGAAAGAAUCAAAUAGUAGUAAUUCGUUUACAAAUGUCAAGUAUAAAUAUAGUAAUUCAACUUUAGUGUCCGAAGAUCCUAAUUUGCGAAUAGAAUGAUUUUGAUUUAUACGCUAUAUCUCAUCAACUGAGCAAUCUCAAAAUUCCAUACAUUUAUACAAUGUAGAGAUUGCAUAUCGUUGAUUAGUUAAGGAAGCAAUUUUCACAAUUCAAGACCUGUUGUAAAGGGUAUCACAUCGUAUUCGUUGGAGUGGAGUUUGUGAAUGAACAAUUCAGUUCAGAUUGUGCUAAAAUAAAGGCUGUAUUGGCAGAAUAUUAGAAAGAUACAAGACUAAUUGGACUGAUUGGAUUUUAAGAUGAAGAUAGCAAACUCGCAAUAAAAAAACUACCAUUUCAUGAUUGCUUGUAGAAACCAAUAAUGAUUGAUGCCUUGCUAUUCAUUUUAGCCAAAUGGGUCAAAUUGUGA